GGACGCUUUCUGAUGACGCCAAACCUCCGCGACUCCACGCAUGUGAGAAACAGGAAUCAACUACUUUCCCUUCGUCGGUUCCUAUCCAGAAGCGGCCUUUUUCUGUUUAUGUGUGAAAGUUUUGGACUAUAUUGCGUGCUUGAACCCAGCAUGGCUUCUACAUCAAUGCCGCAGAAGCGCUACUACAGACAGCGAGCCCACGCAAACCCGAUGGCGCACCACACUUUUGAUUACCCGGUGUGUCCUGAAGAAAUGGACUGGUCCAAGCUUUAUCCAGACCUCAUACCUGGGCCCUCAUCAGAGACGGAGGCCCCUAAAGUCGAGUUUGCAGACAUUGGCUGUGGAUACGGGGGUCUUCUGGUGGAGUUAUCUCCACUGUUCCCAGAUAAGCUCAUGUUGGGCUUGGAGAUCAGAGUGAAAGUAUCGGAUUACGUGCAGGACCGCAUUCGGUCUCUGCGUGAAGUGAACCCAGGAAGCUACCAGAACAUCGCGUGCCUCCGCAGCAACGCAAUGAAGUACCUCCCCAACUUUUUCUUCAAAGGACAGCUCAGUAAGAUGUUCUUCCUGUUCCCUGACCCUCAUUUCAAGAAGACCAAGCACAAAUGGAGGAUUGUUAGUCCCACGUUGUUAGCAGAAUACGCCUACACACUCAGGAUCGGGGGUUUGGUGUACACCAUAACAGAUGUGGAGGAGGUGCACCUCUGGAUGGUGAAGCACUUCGGCGAACAUCCGUUGUUCACACGGGUGCCAGAAGAGGAUCUGGUGGAUGACGUCAUUAUAAGCCGCUUGAGUUCCUGCACUGAGGAAGGGAAGAAGGUUCAGAGGAACAACGGGAAGACCUUCCUGGCAGUUUUCCAGAGGAUCGAGGAUCCGCUUUGAAGUCAGACUCUUUGGACUUUAAUGUGUUUAACCACAUGGACAACGAAGCUCCUCGGUCGUCUAGAGACUUCUUCUGCUUAAACACCGAGUGAAAACAGUGGUUCACUAGACGAAAGGUGAUUUUCUUUUUUAUUUAUUUUUAUUUUUUUCAAUAUACAUUUCCCUCACCAGCUCGUAAGAUACUUCUAAUUUUGUUUAUUUUUUUUUUGUAAAGUUUCAGAUCUGGUUGAGUAAACUAUGCAGCUUUUUAUGAGACAAGAUCUCGGUGUUUUCUUCGCGUACCAUUCCGUCAGCGACUUGUUUGUUUUGGAUCUUCAUCUGGCUGCAAGAUUAGAGAGUUUUCUGUCAUGACUCAACGUGAUGAACAAUUAUCCUUAUCUAUCGGCCCAUCGUUGUGAAGUUCAAAUCAAAGUGAUGUGCAGCAGGAACAGUAGCAUUCAGUGUUCAUUGUGUGAUUGCUAGCUGUAUAUUACAGGUCGGUAUUUGGGUCUGUCAGGGGUAUGGAAACGGGACGGCGCAGGUCUGAAAAGGCCUUGUGCUGCUGCAGGCUGUGGUGAUUAUCAACAGGACGGCACAUGCUUUCACGUUCAUAACCUAGACACUGGAAAAACUGAGCCGAGGAGGGAAAUACUGAACCCUAAGUACUGGUUCAGGUCUUGAACUGAGAUGUGUCCAAUUUAUCAGGUUAAGCUUUUUUUUUUUUUUUUAGCUCUAUAUAUUCUUUUGCAUGUCCUACAUGAAACAUUUUUUCCAGCUAAACUUGAGCCACCUUAAACUCUGAAUAGUAGAUUAAAUGGCGCACAUAAUAUCCCGUAUGCUGGAAGGUGUCAACCAAAGCAUCCCGGACACCUGAAGGUGAAGAGCAACGAUGUUUUUGUAGCGACUCCUGGGAAAAAUCCAAGGUUAACCCAAACAUAAACCGGAGACCAAACACUGCCUGGUGCUCCAGUGGUUUUCCCAGGCGAUUGAAGGAUUUUCCCCAUGUGACCGUCGGCUCUACGCACGGAGCAAAAAAUAAAUAAAAUAAAAAAGAAGCUUCUCAGGAACGGCUUUAUGGACACAACAAAAGGCCUGAGGUGCUGACCUGGCCCUGAAAUUCCCCAGAUUUCAGUCCAGCGACGCUUCCCCAGGAUCUGCCGGCACAAGCCCCGAACCAUGGAGUUACGGCCCUGGGCCUUUCCUCUGGGCCGCUGAGUUUGAGUCAGAGCUCCAGGUAAACUGGGCUCCGUUCACACAGCAGCCAAAUGCAACCUAAACCUGCCUAUUUUCUGUCAAUAUGUGUUACGACUCCGAGGUCUAAGGGUUCAGGGGCGGCAACAUAAAAACGUGUCCAGAGAAAAAGGUGGAAUGUAAAGUGAUUUAUUACAAAGAGAUGGUCUCUCAAAACCUAAACACAGUACAGUUUAACCCAACUGAAACAAAAGAGCUAACAAAUUCAAGAAUUGCCAAGUGCAAAUUAAAUUACAAAAUGUUCAAACAAGUCAGUCUAAAGUAACUCAAAAGAGAGGAAAAAAGGGAGCACCAAACAUGAGCCUCUAGCAUCUAAAAGUUUAAAGCCUAAAGCAGAUUCAAACUAC